UCUCUCUCUCUCUCUCUCUUACAUUAGUAUUAAACCUAUACAAAGCAGCAUCAAGCUGAGGGAUCUAUGAAAACAGCUGAGACAUGUCAUUACAGUUAAAAGAGCCUUGUAUACGCUCACUGCGACAUGUUGGUGUAAAGCCUCCACUCUUGAACAUUAGAUCUAAAAGCGUGAAUAUUCAGGACAUAAAGAAAACAUCGAUCAAUUAUGAAAGUAUGUUGAAAAUAUGCAAAACCUUUGAAGAUACACGUAUCCUUGGAAAACGACCUACGACCUCAAUGUACCUGGAUGCCAUCACUGCUUACGGAUAUACCAAAAAUAAAGACAAAUUAAUAGACACAUGGGAAGACUAUAGACGAAAUUAUCUGCUAAAAAGUUCUUCACAUCAACGAUAUAUUAGAGCUCUGAUAGAAUGUGGAGAUGUGACAGCAGCCUCCAAGAACUUUUUAGAUCUAAAGACAAAACAUUUCGUGAAGCCAAAAGACAUUGCAGAAUGCCUUGUUGAACUUGUGCCAGCUUGUUUAGAAAAGAACAAUAUUUAUCUUGCCUUGCAAGCAACAAACGACUAUUUGAAUCAUGCCAAUCCCUGGGACGAGGCUGCAUUACAAUCAGUAACACAUAGCCUAUGGAACAAAUUCUCGUCCAUUUUGCAUUUAGACAAUGAUAUAACCCCAACAACUAUCGACACAUUCAUUAGACUGUACAUAGACAAUAUUAAUCCAUCGCGCCGAGACAAGGGAAAGAACCACUUCUCGCCUCAGCAUCUGUUUACAAUGUUCAGAUUGAUCACAGUCAAGAACGAAACACCUUCAGCAUAUGCCUGUAAUCUAGUGCUCGAGGCACAACUGCCGGAUGCCAAUUACAGAGCUAUCAAAUGGGUGGUGGCCUUUAUGCAGAAACACCAUAUUCAGCCUACGACUCACACUAUUUCUAUACUGCUGAGCGCGUUUGGCUCAUUUUUACCAAGUAAAAAUGUACAGUUUCUUUACAGCAGCUUGAAGCAGAACAACAGAAUCGAUAAAAAUAUAUUCCAGGCAUUUAUCCAAGUGUUUAGUAAAAAACAAGACAUGGAAAACGCGCAGGCAGUUUUGUCUGAUAUGAAGAGCGAAGGUUUACAGCUAGGACAAAAGCCGUGUACUGCCAUUGUCGAAGGAUUCGUCAAUAAAGAUUGCCUUGGUCAAGCAGAUGAUUGGCUGAAGCAGAAUGAAGACAGUGCUCAGAAAAACUUAGAUGCGUAUGCAGUGUUAAUGGAAGCGUGGAUUGCUAAGGGAAAUUGGACAGAGUGUAUCAGUAAAUUUACAUGGCUUGAGCGAAAGAAGAUUGAAGGGGCCCACACCAACAGACGUAUUAUCAAGGCUAUGUUGACAGCAAAAUUUGCUAGUGGAAAAUACUGGGAUCAAUGUGAAGGCCAUUUGAAUAAUCUCAGCAUCAGUUUCACGCCCAACACCAUCUCUCGAAUACUGCGGGUGAUGCUAGGUAUUGAAAAAAAUGGUCACUACUUGAUACCAGGGAAAAAUAUUAUCAGAGCAUUGCAGAUGAUGGAGCAGAAACUGGAUGUGCAUCUGAAUUCUGAGGGGAUCUCUCGGAUCAUCACUGCUUUAGGCGAACGAGGAGAUAUAUCAGAUGCAUUUGCUUUAUAUAAUUGGGUUCGAAAAGACAAUACCUGUACACGGACAAGAUGCAGUGGAUCAAAUAUAUACCGUGCCAUGAUGCAUAGCGCCAUUUUAAAUAACGAUCUCCGUAAGCUUGAACGAGCGUGGGUAGACAUGCAGUAUAGAAAAUGGUUCCUUGAUUGCGAAAGUGGUACAAGAAGCGAAAAGCUCCAGCAUACACUGGCUAGAUACAACAUGCUUUUAAAUGGUUAUGCGUCAAAAUUACCACACCCAGAUAUCACUCGCUUGAAGAAAACAUUUCAACGCAUGCUCAAGCAUGGACUUACGCCCAACAUUUUUACUUACAACAUUUUAAUUAAAGCCUUUGCAUACGCAAACAACAUGGACGCAGCAAACCAAGUAUACCAUAAUAUGAUAGACGCAGGAAUAACCCCAGAUACCACUACGGCCAACACUCUUUUAAAUGGCUGGAUUCUUCAGGAAGAUUGGAGAGCAGUCGAACAGUUUGUUCAAAAACUAAAAUCAGCAGACGAUAAUAAACAACAACCAAGAUCAGGACUAGAUAUGGUCACAUUUAACUUGCUUGUCCAAAGCUUCUUACACCUUGAUUCGAAAUCUAUGGCAUAUGAAAAACUGUUGAAGAGAGAAAACAAGUGGUGUGAUGUUGAGCAACUAGAAAGCUCUCGAACAAAGUUAAAGAGUGGAAAGAUUUGGAAUAUAUUCGAGAUGACGACAGGCUACAAGAAGGAAACACUAGACAACUAUUAUAAAAGCAAAAGAAUAUCAGAGAAAGCAGAUAGCAGUAAGCUAAUAGCUCAUCCGUCAGACUUUGGCUCAAUAAGCGACUUUUUGAUCAAAGCUGCCACUGAUCAACAGUCUGUCAAGUUGUCUAACCCCAAGGAUGCUUUUAUUCGAUUCUUUUCAAGAUCGAUGGAACCAGAUGAAGUAACUUAUAAAUUAUUUAUGAAAGCCUUUUAUGACAAAGGCGAUUACCACUCUGCAUCUAAAAUCAAAGAAUGGACGCAGUUUCGGUUAGGUUGUCUUAAAAAAUAAAGAUUUAAUUUGAUUGGAC